AUGAGUAAUACUAAUAAUAAUACUAAUCCAAGUGAAAAAAUUUUUCAAUUAUAUAAGAUGUUUUUAUAUAAGAAAAAAGAUAUAAUAGCUAUUCAGAAAAAACUUAGUAUUAAUAAUAAUAUAAAUCAAACAGCAGUAUCAAAGAGUAAGAAAUCAAAAGAACUUGUCAAUUUAUAUGAAUUGCUGUUAGAAUUAGUGAGAGAUUUAAUAUCUAUACAGAUGAAACUUGAUAUAGAUAUCAAUCCUAUUUUAGAAACAGAAGAAGAACUUGAUAUUGUUGGUUAUACUAAUCAAAAAAUAGUAGAAGAAGCCAAUAAAAAUGCAAGAGUGUACUUCUGA